AUGUCGAAAAACGCAUAUGCUCGUCGCGAAGUAUGCAAUCGGCGUAUGCAAGAAAUACACGACCUCUCCCUACAAGCCGCGACCGACGCGGCAAUACGAGCGACCUUCCUCGCUCGCUACUCGAGCGUAGCGAAGAUCGCGGACGAUUUUGAGGCCAUCCACCUGAAGGUCAUCCAAGAAGCGGCGGAUUUCGAGGCCGAGGACGAAAUCAGAGCCAGUUUCGAUAAAAUGCAUUACGCCGUAAAGAGUCGAUAUCACCGUGAAACGGGCGCGCCAUUCGGAGGCGCGCCGGCACAGCCCUCGGGUCCGGCCUCGGUGGUCAAGUUGCCUAAGAUCCCGCUGCCGCAGUUUUCCGGCGACCUUACGUUGUGGCCUUCCUUCAUCGCGUUGUUCAACGCGGCGAUACAUAACCAGCAGAUUUCCGCGAUAGAGAAAUACCAGUAUCUGCUGGCUUCACUCAAAGGGGAACCACUCAACGUGGUGAAAAACCUGCCGUUUUCCGAUGAGUACUAUCUGAUCGCUUACGACUCGCUGGUCGAUCGAUACCGGAAUAAGAGAAGGUUAGCGGACCAUCACUUGAAUUCGAUAAUCGAGGCAAAGCCAUUGAAGGCGGAGACGGCCGAGGCUCUUCACCACUUAUUAGAUACGUUUACCGAGAACACGCGCGCGCUCGCAUUGAUGAAGUUCCCUACCGAUUCAUGGGACUUUAUCCUACUGAAGUUUUUGUUAGACAAGCUUCCUCGUUCCCUUCGGGAAAAAUUCGAGUCGGCUCACCGGGCUGAGGAGAUACCGCGAUAUACACAACUCACGAAAUUUCUAGCGGAGCAUUGUCAGGUUCUCGAGGCCGUCGCGGGCCCGUCCUCCAAAACCAAGUCCACACCGGUCUCUUCGUUCGUGACUAACGCGGCCGGUUGCCCCGUUUGUAAGGAGUCUCACUACGUGUCGAAGUGCUCCCAGUUUUUAAAACUCUCGCCGAGGGAGAGGCAGGCUAAGGCUCGCGACUUGAGAUUGUGCCUCAACUGCCUGCGCUCGGGGCAUGGCAUGAAAGACUGUCCGUCCGCGUGGGCAUGUCGGUCCUGCGGCACAAGGCAUCAUACGCUUCUGCAUUACGAGCAGAGCUCUAAUACUACCCCUAAGCCCGAACCCAUUAGCGCGACUCCUGCCGAACCGGACGCCGUACCCGCUCCUCAGUCGGAGGAUGCGCCGAUUGUAACAAUGACUAGCCGGGCCAAUAGAAUCGUCCUCCUGUCCACCGUACGAGCCGAGGCGAUAGACGCGCGUGGCAAUGCGUUCCCCGUACGCAUAUUGCUGGACAGCGCGAGUCAGGCCAACUUUAUUACCGAGGGCUGCCUCCGGAAGGGCGGCUUUCGUCGCACCAAACACAGUGCAACCGUGUUGGCGAUAAACGAAGCCAGGGCGGCCACGACGAGGGGCCUCACCUCCCUCGUGAUCCGUGCGCGCGGUCGCGACGACACUCGGUUCUCGAUAGAGGCUACGGUCCUCUCGCGCAUAACCUCGCCGCUGCCUAAUGACAAGGUGGAGGUCCAGCCGUGGAAACACUUGAAGGGAUUGCCGCUCGCGGAUCCCGAAUAUUUCGUGCCCGGCGGUGUUGACAUCCUCCUGGGGGCGGACUCGUUUGUGUCGGUGCUACGGGAGGGCCGUCGUAAAAGGGAAAGGGGAGAACCCGACGCCUUCAAUUCAGUCUUCGGAUGGGUUCUGACGGGCGCGGUAUCCCCAUCAGUGCAGGCAGCGCCCCUGAGGUCAUUCGCGACUACGCUCGAGUCGAUCGCGACAUCGGUGGGUCGCUUUUGGCAAUUGGAGGAGGUGCCGGAGGACGCUUCUUGUUCGGACGAGGAUCGACGCUGCAAGGAAAUCUUCGCCAAGACCACGUAUCGUGACCCCUCGGGUCGUUUCGUGGUCUCGUACCCGUUCGUGUCGGAUCCUCCUACAUUCGUCGGCUCGCGCUCCAUUGCGGUUAGUCGUCUCCGCGCACUAGAACGUCGAUUUAAAUCUGAUCCGGAGUUCAGAGCUGGUUACAAUAGUUUCAUGCGGGACUAUCUCGAUAGCGGACACAUGGAGGUAAUUCGCAAUCCAUUCCCGUCGGAUGGCCACAUUUAUUAUCUACCGCACCACGGUGUGUAUAAACUCGAUAGCACUACCACUAAGUUGCGGGUAGUGUUCAACGCGUCCUCGCGAGGCCCGGACGGUCUGUCGAUCAACGACACCCUGCUCAGCGGUCCGAAGCUGCAGCAGGACCUGCUCGCCAUACUGCUUCGGUUCCGCGCCGAGGCGAUCGCUCUAACCGCGGACGUGAAGCAGAUGUUUCGCCAGAUUUGGAUAAGCCCGGAGCAAUGCAACUACCAACGUAUCGUCUGGCGCUUCUCGGAGUCGGACCCCAUCCUCGACUAUCUCCUCAAAACAGUUACAUUCGGCUUUAGCGCCUCCCCGUUCUUGGCGAUCUAUUGUUUGCUCCAGUUAGCUCAUCAAUACCGCGAGAAAUAUCCUCUAGCGUUCGCAGCCCUACUCGAGGCGCUGUAUGUGGAUGACGUCGUGACAAGCGUUCGGACGGUGGAACAGGCUCGCGCACUCCGCGACCAAUUGCUAUCGCUUCUCCGAAGCGCCGGCUUCGAGCUUCGAAAGUGGUCGAGCAGCCAUCCUGCCGCGCUGGAGGGCCUCGACCCGCAGUUAU